UAAAGCAACUGUAACAUGGCAACGGAAUACCUAUGUGAUUUUGUCCAGCCCACAUGUCACAUGGUAUUAGCCAAUCGGAAAGCACGCUGCCUGACCGACGUGGCGGCGAAGACAAACAAGGAAGUGAUCACGGACAUGGUGGGUGGAGGUGGAGGAGUGAUUGCCACGGAGAAGUAUGGCUCCCAGGAGGCGUGGACAUACAGGAUUCAGGAUGGAGGGAUGCGGAGAGAAAGAGUGGGAGAUGAGCGAGUAACUAGGGGGAAAUCCAUCACUGCUGCCUUUAAGAACGUUUUCCUGCCCCAGGGUUACCCCGAGAGUGUCAGUGAUGAUUAUCUACACUAUCAGAUAUGGGACACGUUGCAGGCUUUCUCCAGCUCUCUCUCGGGAACACUCGCCACUCAGGCCUCACUGAAAGGAGUCGGAGUCGGGAAUCAAGAAGCAACGGUUGCUGCAGCGACAGUGACCUGGUUACUCAGAGAUGGCACAGGGAUGUUGGGGAGAAUCCUCUUUGCCUGGUUUAAAGGGAGUAAACUGGAUUCCGAAGCCAAGAAGUGGAGGCUUUUCGCUGACGUUCUCAACGACGUGGCCAUGUUAAUGGAGAUCACGGCACCUCACUUCCCGCCGUUCUUCACUCUUAUUGUUUGCCUGGCCGGAGUAUUUAAGUCGAUUGUGGGCGUGGCCGGAGGAGCGACGAGAGCAGCGCUGACUGUUCAUCAGGCUCGCAGGAACAACAUGGCCGACAUCUCUGCUAAAGAUGGCAGUCAGGAGACACUGGUCAACCUGGCAGGGCUGCUGGUUAGCCUGGUGCUAAUCCCACUCGUCACGGAUAACCCUGUGCUGACGUUUCUUCUCUUCUUCCUCUUCACCGCACUCCACCUGUUUGCCAACUACAAAGCCGUCAGGUCUGUCGUCAUGGAGACACUGAACGAAGCUCGUCUGGCGAUCGUCCUCCGCCGUUAUUUGCUGGACGGACGGAUCCUGAGUCCGGCAGAAGCCAACGGGAGAGAGCCGGUGUUUCUGGAGUUCAGAACAGACGUGCGCAUCAAACUGGGAGUCAGACUGGGAGACGUCAUUAAACAGCCUCAGGAGCUGCAGCUGGCUUUGAAGAACAACAACAGGUCCUACAUCAUAGCAGUACAGAAUGGGAGUGUGUGUGUGUGUUUGAGCGCAGAAGCGUCAGUGCGUGAUGAGAUCAUGGCAGCGUGCCAGGCUGUGUGUAUCAGCACCGUGUUACACUCGUCUCCGCAGCACACAGCUCUCGCGCCCCUGUCUGAGAUCAGAGACUCGUGGGAGCUGGUGUCUGAAAGUCAUAAGCUGAUGGACAGAAUUUUCCAGCCCUUUCUGUCAGGUCUAGAAAAAGCCGGCUGGCAGACGGACCGGACACUGCUGGACUGGGACGAGUGGAGAGCGGAGUGGAGGAAGAAAUCCAGCUGAAACGACCAGCUGAUUUAUUGUUUCGGUUGUGAAGGAAGCAGCGAGGAUGAACAGUUUGUUUUAUUAAAUUUGAGAAUAGAU